AUGCCGACCACCACUGUUUUCACCAGCACCACAGCAGGUGGUGCCCAGGGCCCCCUCUCCAAGAAAGGCUCGAAGAAAACGGCAAUGAAAAUGUUCAGGAAGGAUGACAGGAAGCACAGGCGGAACAGGAAGGAAAGCUACAGCAUCUACAACAAGGUGCUGAAGCAAGUCCAUUCUGACACCAGCAUCUCCUCCAAGGCCAUGCGUGUCAUCAACUCAUUCAUCAGCGUCAUAUUCAAGUGGACUGCCAGUGAGGUUUCCCGCUUGGUCCAUUACACCAAGCGACAGACCAUCUCCUCCAGGGAGAUCGAGAGUGCCAUCCGCCUCUUGUUGUCACAGGAACUGGUCAAACUUUUCUGA